GAAACACACCGACCUGGUUGGCCCCACUAGCAGGCGGGCGCGAUCCAGAGGGGCGGAGGACCUAUCGGUAAUUUGUAGGAAGUUUCGGGAUAGGAGGAUGCCGAUAGACAUGCCGCGGGGGCUCCCCUUCGCCGUCGACACGUGGGGCCCCUCCUCCCGCCACCGGCGCCACCGCUUCCUCACCCACGCGCACCGGGACCACCUCGUCGGCGCCGGUGCCGCCGCCGCAGAUGGGUCCGGCGGCACCGUCUACGCCACCCGCCUCACCUUGGCCCUCGCGCUUCGCCACUUUCCCCAGCUGGAGAGCUGGGUGUUCGUGGACAUGGAGGUGGGGAGGACGGUGGCUGUGGAUGAUCCCGCCGGCUCCUUCGCCGUCACCGCGUACGACGCAAACCACUGCCCUGGGGCGGUCAUGUUCUUGUUUGAGGGUCAAUUUGGUACCAUACUUCACACAGGGGACUGUCGGCUUACAUCGGAUUGUGUACAGAAUCUGCCAAUGAAAUACAUAGUGAAGAAAGGAAAAGAGAACAUUUGCCGACUUGACUUUGUGUUUCUAGAUUGCACCUUCUCCAAAUGCUUCCUCAAGCUACCAAGCAAGGAAUCAGCAAUCCAGCAGGUAAUAGCGUGCAUAUGGAAGCAUCCACAUGCACCUUAUGUUUACCUUGCUUGUGACCUUCUUGGGCAUGAAGAUAUCCUUGUUGAGGUGUCUAGGACAUUCGGGUUGAAGAUUUAUGUUGACCAGAAAUUGGAUUGUUUUAAAGCACUGUCACUCACAGCCCCUGAAAUCAUCACUGAUGAUCCAUCUUCUCGCUUUCAGAUUGUCGGAUUCCACCAAUUAUAUGAUACAGCAAGUAGGAAGCUUGAAGAAGCAAGGGCAAGUCUCCUGCCAGAACCCUUGUUUAUUCGUCCAUCAACACAGUGGUAUGCAAUCUGUGCUCGAAGCCAGAAACCUAGCCUAACAGAAGCUGAGCAGGAUGAGUUUGGAGUAUGGCAUAUUUGUUUCUCCAUUCACUCCUCUCGUGAUGAGUUGGAGCAGGCGCUGCAACUUCUGCAGCCUCAGUGGGUCAUUUCAACAACUCCCCCGUGCUUCGCCAUUGAGCUCAGCUAUGUUAAGAAACAUUGUUUUAAGACCCGCUUAAAAGCUGAUGAUCCACUGUGGAAAAUAGUCAGAGAUCCUCUUCAAAAGUCAGUGUCGUCCCCUUGUUCAGUGCUUGCUUCUGAAACACAUAGAGACAAAGAUCACUCAGACUUUGUUGACGGGGAUGAUCAUUCAUUGUCCUCCAGCGAAGAAUGCACGUAUCUAAACGUCAGGACCCUUGAACUGAAAUUUGUGCCAUCCCCUCCACCUGAUGAACCAGAAAUUACAUUGUUUGGAAGAGCUAGGUUUGGUUCUCAGGCAAUUGACAUAAUGAAAGAAGAGCUAUGCAACCAGUACAUCACCUUUGAAGAAGGAUGUCUUGAAGAAGCUAGGGCAUGUGCACCGGUGGAUUCGGUUCAUGGUAAUAGUGAAGACGUUGAGACUAAUUCUGCAACGGGAUGUGUUAAGGACGCACCAACCUCCCAUCACGAUCACAUGGAAGCUGGAGAUGAGGUGGGUUCUUGUCAGCAUGAAGCAUACUUGAAGCAAUCAGAAGCAUUUCAAGCCCAGUCAUUGCCCACAAUUCAACGUAAUAUUUUAGUGCUUGCUGAUGAGCAUGGAAAGUUUGAAGCUGCAAAAGAGUCAAAAUCAUCAAGUUUUUCCGAAGACUCGAGCCUUUCCAUAGUCAGAAGUGGAGAAACAACUACUUGUGAAAAGGAACCCUUGUGCAUUAUUGGAUCAUCCAAAUGUUUGAAUCCAAGUUUGAAGAGGCUUUACAGGUCAAGGAAUAUCCCUGUUCCACGGCCUCUCCCAUCGCUUGUCAGACUUUUGGAAUCCUCAAAGCGGGUCAAAAUGCAACCAAGUACUUGUAGUUCGUUGAACUCACGGCACAGCUUACCCUAACCACACGAUUGUACUCACUCCUGUAUAUGGCAAAAAUAUUCAAGAUUCUCGUGAGUAUAUACAUGGCUUAUUUCUGAAGAGUAUACCUGUAUAGCCUUGAGCUAGCUUUCGUAAGCUUGUACGAGAGCCUUGUACAGUUUCCAAGAACCAAGAUGUUGUUUUACAAUACAGAGUAUUGUUGUAAUCACGUGACGGCACCAUCCUUGGCUAGGCAUUAUCUGUUGCUGAGUGAAAAUAAAGUUCGUUCUUAUGGGUUGUUCACCGAA